GAGGACCAUGCGGCAGUAGCAGCCAUGCUGCCUUUCUUGUUGGCCACGCUGGGCACCGCGGCCCUCAACAGCAGCAACUCCAAGGACUACUGCUACAGUGCCCGUAUCCGAAGCACUGUCCUACAGGGCUUGCCCUUUGGGGGCGUCCCCACCGUGCUGGCUCUGGAUUUCAUGUGCUUCCUUGCCCUGUUGUUCUUAUUCUCUAUCCUCCGGAAGGUGGCCUGGGACUAUGGGCGGCUGGCCUUGGUGACAGAUGCAGACAGGCUUCGCCGGCAGGAGCGGGAACGAGUGGAACAGGAAUAUGUGGCAUCAGCUAUGCAUGGGGACAGUCAUGACCGGUAUGAGCGUCUCACCUCCGUCUCCAGCUCCGUCGACUUUGACCAAAGGGACAACGGCUUCUGUUCCUGGCUGACAGCCAUCUUCAGGAUAAAGGACGAUGAGAUCCGGGACAAGUGUGGCGGCGACGCGGUGCACUACCUGUCCUUCCAGAGGCACAUCAUCGGGCUGCUGGUUGUCGUGAGCGUCCUCUCUGUAGGCAUCGUGUUGCCUGUCAACUUCUCAGGGGACCUGCUAGAGAACAAUGCCUACAGCUUCGGGAGAACCACCAUUGCCAACUUGAAAUCAGGGAAUAAUCUCCUCUGGCUGCACACCUCCUUUGCUUUCCUGUACCUGCUGCUCACAGUCUACAGCAUGCGGAGACACACCUCUAAGAUGCGCUACAAGGAAGAUGACCUGGUCAAGCGGACUCUCUUCAUCAAUGGAAUCUCCAAAUAUGCAGAGUCAGAAAAAAUCAAGAAGCAUUUUGAGGAGGCCUACCCCAACUGCACGGUUCUGGAAGCCCGGCCCUGUUACAACGUGGCUCGUCUUAUGUUCCUUGAUGCUGAGAGGAAGAAGGCUGAGCGGGGAAAACUCUACUUCACGAACCUGCAGAGCAAGGAAAAUGUACCUACCAUGAUCAACCCCAAACCGUGCGGCCACCUCUGCUGCUGUGUGGUUCGAGGCUGCGAGCAGGUAGAGGCCAUUGAGUAUUACACAAAGCUGGAGCAGAGGCUGAAGGAGGACUACAGGAGGGAGAAGAAGAAGGUGAACGAGAAGCCCCUUGGCAUGGCUUUUGUCACCUUCCACAAUGAGACCAUCACAGCCAUCAUCCUAAAGGACUUCAACGUGUGCAAAUGCCAGGGCUGUGCCUGUCGUGGGGAGCCGCGUGCCUCUUCCUGCAGCGAGGCUCUGCAUAUCUCCAACUGGACCGUGACCUAUGCCCCCGACCCCCAGAACAUCUACUGGGAGCACCUCUCCAUCCGAGGCUUCAUCUGGUGGCUGCGCUGCCUGGUUAUCAAUGUGGUCCUCUUCAUCCUGCUCUUCUUCCUCACCACCCCGGCCAUCAUCAUCACCACCAUGGACAAAUUCAACGUCACCAAGCCUGUGGAAUACCUCAAUAACCCCAUCAUCACUCAGUUCUUCCCUACGCUGCUGCUGUGGUGUUUCUCGGCUCUGCUCCCCACCAUCGUCUACUAUUCUGCCUUCUUCGAAGCACACUGGACACGCUCUGGGGAGAACAGGACCACAAUGCACAAAUGCUACACCUUCCUCAUCUUCAUGGUGCUGCUCCUGCCCUCGCUGGGGCUGAGCAGCCUAGACCUCUUCUUCCGCUGGCUCUUUGACAAGAAAUUCCUGGCCGAGGCAGCUAUUCGGUUUGAGUGUGUGUUCCUGCCGGACAACGGCGCUUUCUUCGUGAACUACGUCAUUGCCUCAGCAUUUAUCGGUAACGCCAUGGACCUGCUGCGCAUCCCAGGCCUACUCAUGUACAUGAUCCGGCUCUGCCUGGCGCGCUCCGCCGCAGAAAGACGCAACGUGAAGCGGCAUCAGGCCUACGAGUUCCAGUUUGGCGCAGCCUACGCUUGGAUGAUGUGCGUCUUCACGGUGGUCAUGACCUACAGUAUCACCUGCCCCAUCAUCGUGCCCUUCGGGCUCAUGUACAUGCUGCUGAAGCACCUGGUGGACAGGUACAAUCUCUACUACGCCUACCUGCCGGCCAAGCUGGACAAGAAGAUCCACUCGGGGGCUGUGAACCAGGUGGUGGCCGCACCCAUCCUCUGCCUCUUCUGGCUACUCUUCUUCUCUACCAUGCGCGCGGGAUUCCUAGCUCCCACGUCUAUGUUCACCUUCGUCGUUCUGGUCAUCACCAUCGUCAUCUGUCUCUGCCACGUCUGCUUCGGACACUUCAAAUACCUCAGUGCCCACAACUACAAGAUUGAACACACAGAGACAGAUGCCGUGAGCUCCAGAAGUAGCGGACGGCCCCCCACUAAAAAACAAAACGCUAAUAAUUUAUUAGAACUAAAGCCCCUUCCUCCUCCCCGUCCCCUGCUUUCAUUAAGGUAUUUAAACCUGGGGAUGUCACCGCUCUCCCCUACCAUGGAGGGAGGGAGCCCCCCAACCUCAGUGAGGACAGCCCCGAGCAGGCCCCGGGGCAAAGAGGGGUGUGGUGGGAGUCCCCCCAGAUCAGCCUCACCACCCAGUAGUGUGGCCAGGAAAGGGUUAAUGAGAGCCAAGGUGGGUACCUGGUGCCAUGGCUGGAGGCCUGGGAAGAGUAAGCACAGCUGUGCCUGCCCCCAGUUCUUUCCUCCCCUUCACUGUCCCUGAAUCUGGGCCUCUAGGGACAUGGAACCUGCAGCCCUCUGGGAUGCAGGAGAAGGGAGGGGAGCCAAGAUUCAGGUCUGAGCCAGGGGGUGGCCUGGGGGCAUGACCAACACUGGAAAAUGGGGUUUUGCACUGGGUUUGUUUUUUGUUUUUGUUUUCCUUUAAAAUAAAAGCAAAAGCUCCAA